UUUUAUUUAUUUAUAUUUUUUUGACGUUUUAGUGGUUAAGUUUUGGUUUUGCAAAAAAAAACAACCUAUCUUCCUUCUGAGGUUUCAAAGAAUAGUUGUAUCAAUAAUUUCACUAUUUUUUUCUUAGGACGAGAAGAAGGUAAAGGGGUAGAGACGUGAACAUUUGUUCCAAAACUCUUCAGUUGAAGUACAGUCAUUAGUGAGGAUAGUGGCAAAUAACAAAAGAUGUUCAAAGUUUAUUCAUUUCUUUUGAUUGGCUUGAUCACAACUAGUUGUUUCUUCUUUUAUUGGAGUGAAAUACAUGCUAAAGUCUUUACAGCAGUCCAAACUGUCCAAGCGAGUAUAUCAGAUAUUUCAGAAACCGACACAAACAGCACAAAAUGUUCAAAGUUCAAAAAAUUAAAGAGAAUAUUACUAGCUGUUAACUUUAAUUACCCUCACUAUAGUGCUGUCCCACUAUUGCGAGAAUUUUAUGAGCCAAUCUUUGGAAAGAUUAUAUUUUGUGGAGAAAGUUACGACCAUUCUCUUGGUGUGAUCCAAAUUGAAGAGAACCAAGGUCGACUGGGAUAUAUGUGUGUGGUGACUGCCAUGAAAAUGUACCCUGGUUUCAUUGGAUACAUUCAUACCAAUGAUGACGUAAUCCUAAACUGGUGGCAAUUGAUUAAACUUGAUUUUACAAAAUUAUGGUUCUCUACACCAUUGGAUAUGACUAAAGCUUAUGUGUUCACACAACCGGUACCCACAAACUGGUGGUGGUGGAGUGACAACGAUACUGCAGGUCGAUGCAAGAGAUCAUUCUAUACGCUUAAAGCGAUGCUUAAUGCAUCAACUCAUCCAACUAUUCCAUCGCAAAGAUACUUGCAACAAUAUUACCAUAAUACUAACAACGUGGAGUUGUGUUAUCCCCGCUAUGUGGAUUUGUUCUACAUACCACAAGAUUUAGUAGAGUCUUUCGUGAUAUUUGCAGAUUUUUUUGCGAGAGAAAAACUGUACCUAGAAGUAGCCAUGCCAUUAGCUUUCACAUUUUUUACAAACGCUACGAACCAUCAUGUGAUGAAGGGAGUAUAUUUACCAGAACUAUUUAACCGAAAUAACAAGACGUAUCUAAGCGGAGAGGCUUUUUAUAGAAUCUACACGAUUGACUUAUUUUUUGUACAUCCAUUUAAACUCUCCGGACCCAUGAAGUUAUCUAAUCAAAAUAUAUUUUCUAAUGUUGUUAAAAAGUAUGGUGAUGUGGUACGAAAGGACUGCUAGCUUGAGAAGUUGUUUAGUUAACUUUCCUUAUUCUUAGAACCAGUAACAUAAUAUUUUAAAACAUUUCUGGUAGAAAAUUUCAAAAACACAUUUUUAA